UGUUUACAUUUGCGGUGUUUCUUGAGCUGACAGCGUCUUCAGCAGCUGAUAUCUCGUCAAAAAUAUUACAUAGGAAACAAUGGUGGCGGUUUUCCUGGUGACUCUUUAUGAAUAUUCUCCACUUUUUUACAUUAGUGUUGUGUUUUUAUGCUUCGUUGUUACGGCUGCAAUGGUACUUGGGUGGGUGGGCUUUGAUGUCCAUGCCAUUCUUCGAAACUCUGAUGAAGAACAGUCAGUUCUCCCAACUCCAGAAAAGCAAAUGGUUCGGGUCACCAACCCCUUCACCCUGGAGCUGGCAUGUAAACCUGCCUCUGUGGCUGAUGGGGUGUGGUUGCGACUUCGCUGCCUUGAAUCCUCUGUUCUGAGCUGUUUCUGGGGUUGUGACACUUCUUCUGUUCAGGCAGCUCUAAAGGCCCUGCAGCACAGCCCACAGCCCAGCAGUCUGCAGUGUUUCCAGGAGGCUUUAGCCUUUCAGUAUAACUACAGCCAAAAGUUUCAAGUUAGUGAUACAAACUGGACUGAGCUCUUCACACACAUCCCUGCAGAACAGGAGAUCACAGACUUUGGGCCUCUACCAAGGCAGCGCUACCCCCUAGUGGCUGUGUUGACUUUGGCCGAGCAAGAGGCUGUUGACAAUUACAACAUUGUGGCCAGUGUGACAGUCAUUCACGUACCAGAUGACAAGUACACUCUCUCAGCACGCACACUUUUUCAGUACCUUUUUACUGCACAGGGAAGCAUGUAUGAGUUAAAGCCUCUCUUCAUGUCUGCAGACAGUGAGGAAGACAAAGCAGGGCCCAGUACCAGCAGCAGUACAGACGUGAGCCCAAACGGACCAGAACUGGACUCUGAGGAGGAGCAGUGGUCGGACAGGAGCGAGCGGGACUGUGUGGUGUGUCAGAAUGCCAAAGUGAACAAAGUGCUUCUCCCCUGUAGACACACGUGUGUGUGUGAGAACUGUGUGCUGCACUUACAGCACUGCCCGGUCUGUAGAGCCUUCAUCAUAGAGUCAUUUAUCUUGAGACCCAGUGAAACAAACAGCAUUUAGGAUGUACCUACAGGCAUAUAGGUACAUCUAGAAGGACUGUUCUCUUUUCAUGGAACCUUAUUUAUAGUUUUUAAGAAUAAACAUUACAGAGUA